AUGCCGCGAGGGAACUGCGCGCGGUGCGGAGAGCCUGGACACUGGGCGAAGGAUUGCACCGCGCCGCGCGCGCGCGCGAACGAACGCGAUGGGAUGGAGACGAUCGCGGACGGGACGACGACGACGACGACGGGACCGGACGGGAGGACGACGGCGACGGCGCGACGGAAGAAGACGGCGCGACGACCGAAGUUUUCGAUACACGAACACUUGCUCGGGCCGAAUGGGUUGGGGGUGGUGUACGCGACGUUUCCGGAAAAGUUUCGAGAGGCGUCGAAAGGGGACGGACACGAGGCGGCGGACGCGGCGGCGUUGGUGGCGAUGUAUAAGGAGUGGGCGGUGAAGAUGUACCCGUACGCGCCGGCGGAGGAGACGCUGGAGCGGGUGUCGAAAUUGGGGAAAGAUAAGGCGGUGCGGGCGGCGAUUCGGGAGUUUCACGAGAGAGACUUCGGCGGGGGCGUGGGCGAACGCGUGGCUGAGAUGGAGCGAGAGGAGGCGGCGGCGAGAGGGGAGGAUGUGUUCUUUCCAGAUGACGACGACGUUGACGACGAGAACGCGCCGACGACGGCUGGGGCGCCGGACGCCGACGACGGGAUCGUCGCGGACGACGUCGAUUUUCCAGACGACGACGACGGAUUCGAGGAUCUCGAGGAGGAUUACGUGUUCGAAGAAGAGGACGAGGACGCCGCGGAUGCCUUGCGCGAGGCUGAUGCCGCGGGUGCGGAUGAAGACGUCGACUUCCCGGAUGAUGACGAGGAUGACGAGAACGACGACGAACCAUCUGGAAAGCGCUCGAAACAAGUCAAGGGAGCGACGGACGCGACCAAGGAGGCGUUCGCGAAGCUGGCGAAAAAGGUCGGGAAGAACGUCGAGGAGGAAAACGUCGUGCGGGACGCGACGAAUGUCAGUCCCGUGCGUUCGCCGCCGCGGCGAAAGAUUCUGCGAGUGCGACCAAAAAUUUUGGACGCCUCGAGCGAGGACGAGGACGAGGACGAACCCGAGGAACCCGCGAGACGUCGACGAGCCGUGCACAUGGACGAGGACGACGAGGAAUGA